AUGAAAGAGCGAGAAGAGAGAGCUUCAGGUCUUAGCAACGAUGAGCUGUUGAGGGAGACGGAGGCUUUGUUGGCGGUUUUUGAAGGGAUUGGAGGAAUACCCGACACAACAACCUUGGAAGGGAACAGGUUAGUGAUUGAAAUAUCAACGUCAGUGGAAGAGGAUGUUGUGGUGGCGUUGGGUGAGGUGUUUGUUCGAGUUAACGAGUUCAGGGAGCGAUUGGGGUGUCUGAGUUUUGGAGAAGUGGUGGAGUUGGUUCACGUGUUGAACAGAUUGGAGAAGUGCAGAGAGAUGGUGGUGGCGGUGGUUGCAGAGAAAGAGAGAUUAUCCUGGGAUUUAGUGAGAGAGUUGAAGGAGAAGGGAGAGAAGAUGGUGUUUAUAAGGGAAGAAGGGAAAACGAUGAGUGCACACAGGGCAACAAAUUCAGAUAGGUUUGCUUUCCCAACGUUUAUGAUAAAUUCUCUUGACUUGGUCCGGUUUCCCUCUACAACAAGGUUUGUUUUGUAA